ACGAUCCCACACUACUCAUGCUCAUGUCCAAUAGAACAAAAAAUACAAUAUGGCCGAUGUUUGACGUCUCUUCUGAUCACAAUUUAGUGUCGAGAAUGAACCGUUGUGAUUUCGAUUUGUUAUGUAUUUAUCGACCUGUCCACGCUUAAAAUGAGCGUGACGCUACACACUGAUGUAGGUGAUAUAAAAAUUGAAGUAUUUUGUGAACUAUGCCCGAAAACAUGCGAAAAUUUUUUGGCAUUGUGCGCGAGCAACUAUUACAACGGAUGUCUAUUUCAUCGAAACAUCAAAGGCUUUAUAGUUCAAACGGGUGACCCAACACAUACUGGAAAAGGCGGUACCUCAAUUUGGAAUCGUAAAUUUGAGGACGAGUUCAAAGAGGAUUUGAAACACAAUGCAAGAGGCCUUGUGUCAAUGGCCAACAAUGGACCCAACUCUAAUGGAAGUCAAUUUUUCAUAACAUACGGACCUCAACCACAUCUGGACUUAAAAUAUACCUUAUUUGGAAAGGUGAUUGAUGGACUUGAUGCUCUUGACGAGUUGGAAAAAUUGCCCACUAAUCCAAAAAAUUUCAAGCCACUGACUGAGACACGAAUCAAUGGUAUAACAAUCCAUGCCAACCCACUCGCGGGAUGAUUCAACUUUACAAAUACUGCUUUAGAAUGUAAUUCCAAUUUUUAUCGUAGCUCAGGUAGAUAAAGCAUUGUGGCUUUGACAACUGUUGAAUGUUACCGUUUUUUUUUUUUUCAAAAUAUUUAUUUGAACAAAAAUGUUCGAAAUAAUAUUAAAUAAAGAUUUGUUAAAAACUAAUUCAGACAACUGUUGUUCUCAUAAGGUUGAUCACAAUUCAUCACCUCUUUUCUUGCUCUUUUCCUCUAACUAUUAUACAUUCACAGCCUUUCAACUUACACAUACUGUCUGUAUUGCACAGUGAUAGCAUGUAUGGUUUUACAUGUUUGCUAUAAAUGGAUUUAAUGCUAAGCUUUUCUUUGUAUGAUUUAGCAGGUUUUGAACGAAAUAUUCAAAAAUAAUUUAAUUACACCGGAUUUCCGUCACAAUUAAAGGAAAAAAAUUGUAAUCAAUAAUUUAGAAAAUCUUAAUUUGUAUGUAUGUUAGUCAUAUAUAUCACGUAGCCUUUUAUUUUCUGGAUCGAACGGACUAUGUAGAUGUAGUUUGGCUGGAUACUUGUGUCCCAUAAUUUCAAUUUCGUAGUUUCCAGAUUCUAAGUAAUGUUUCGUUACGUUCUCCCCUUCAGGAUGUGUUACAUAUCUUGAAAAUAAUUAUAAAUACCUUUAUUUCGUGUUGUCAUUCAGAUCAUUACAGUUUACAAGGGAAUUUUUUGCACUUACCCUUGUCCAAUACUGUUUUCAAGUGCAAAAGCAUAUUCGCCUCUCCUCAAGUACCCAACGUUUCUUCCAUUUCUGUAAAUCGCUUCCAAACCCCACAAAGGAAUUUGCCUAAAAAAUUAAAAUUGGUUUCACACCUUAAUACUACAAAAUGAAUGAAAAUAUUCGAGUACCAUCUCUUCUAUAAUGAUAUAUAAUCUGAAAUCUAGCUUAUAUGAUUUUUAAAUUGUUAUUACGCGUCUAUGAGAAAAUAUGCCAUUUUCCUCUUGACUCCGUUUUUUCUAACAUAAUCUAUUUUUUUCUUCCCAAGAUAGUCUCCAGAUUUCCGACAGACAAAGCCUAGACCUGCUUCAAUUGGAUUGUCAUCCAUCCUGAGAUCUGAGUGCCAUAGGUGAUAGCCUGAAUCACAAUGCAAAGGUAUGCAUUAUUCGGUGCAUUCUUGGGAGUAUUUUAAGGCUACUUAUUGAAAUCAAUCUAACAAUGUGACCAAAUAGCUAUCAUCGUGUAUCUACUUUCAUAUAAUUUGUACAUUGAUCGAUAAAAGAAGACGACCUUUUUCACUA